CCGGUUAAUAGUUGACGUCGUCCUCCCCCGACACCACAAACCGAGAGCUCCCGAGCUCGCAGGUUGACCGCCGCGCUCCUGGUAACAUGAAUAUAGCGGAUUCCUUUAAUUCAAAGGAAAAGCAAUAACAGAAAUGAUCGUUUCACAGGUAUUUCUGCCAAAUUUGUUGCUUCGGUCUACAGCCCUGUAUGGUUAGACGCGUGAAUGGAUUUUUGAUGGCAAACGCUGAAAACCUAAACAGUCUGGAUGAUGCAACAACAACUCACGAAUAGCGAUUAAACUUCUGCAGUAAAUUUGUUUUGGAAAGGCUGUGAAGACGCCUUUGAAACACCAUGUGGAGGACACUAAUUUUGAGAAAGCCUUUUGGAUGCCUUGUACGAGCGAGGAAGAAAACAGUCUCAGAGUGUGGACAUUUUAAAAAUCGACAAAUUCUUGACCGGCGCGUGUUGUCUGCAGAGCGGAAGCUGUUCUACACUACAAGCCAACAACAACUAGAUUUACGACGAUUUCUCGAAGAGGUAAGCUUAUGACUAUAUGCAUCAAAAAUACGAGGCAAAUCGCACGUACGUUUUAUUAGAUCAACGUAAAAACAAGCUUAAUCUACUUGACCCAUCUGUCGUAUAUACAGAGAUAAUCUUGUCGGCUUCAUUUUCAAACGAUUAUCAGCAUUCAAUAUGCGGGACAAAUCGCACGUACGGUAUCAUUACACAAUCAUUGUUAGAAUAAAUGAGAAUUGAGAGUUUGUAAACAAAUCCCUGUGAGUCUACAUAGAGAGGAAACAGGCACGUGAGACUGCACGUGACCGCACCCCCGCCCCCCCGGCCAGGACUUAGCAGAGCAUACUGCUAAAGUUGUAAAAUGCCCCUGCAACCCAAGGCCAACUUUUUCCUGUAACUGAAAUUAAAAAACUUAUGCCAACAUUAAUGCGUGAUGCUCCUGAUACAGUGUUACGCUCAAAAUUAUAACAGAAUAAUCCAACAAGCUCUGGCCUUUAUCGUUUGUAACUACAGUGGAACCCCCCUUACAACUGUCCCAUUUGUAUGACCACCUUGUUAUUAUUAACAAUUAUUCCUCGAGCCCGAAUAGGCUCUGAGUCAAUAGCCCAUGAGGCCGAGGGUGGGCGAGGGGAAUAGUUGUUUUAGUAGAAUCCAACUAGUUGUUCAAAAAUAUCGAGACAAAACAACUUUGGCCAGCAAAAUGCGAUUCAGCAGCCAUUAUUUUGGUUUUCAAAGCCGGCACUUUUUGCUACUAAUGGGCUAUAACAUAUAGCCUAGUAGUAGCUCAACGAAUCGGAAGGCAGCAUUGAUAAUAGACCACUUGUUGGACUUUACUAAUGACCAUUAUUUUUUCGACCCAAACCAUAAAUCACUGGGUCAUUUUGUUAUUUUAAAGACCUUGUUAAUGUAACCACCACAUUAUUACAACCAAGAUUUUAUGGUCAAACAGUGGUCGUGUUAAUGGGAUUCGACUGUACUUAAAAUUAGUGAAGUAGUCUUGAGGAAUUCUUUGAUAUAAUGAAAUCAAUUAUGCAAAUCCUGUUUUAAUAGAUCGGUUCUGAUCCAAAGGAAGCAAGGUAUUGGUUGCGGCAGUUUCAGAACCACGAAUCAGCCCCUGACAAGCCCUUCGCUGUGGUCCAAGUAGAUUCGCAAAUAUUGAAUGAUAAAGUGAUGGUUAGUUAGAGAAGAAAUUUUAUCCAUAUAAUAUGCUAAAAUUAAUGUUUAGAAAAGAUAAUGAUAAAAAAUGAAAUAGAAGAAAGGUUACAAAAUUAUGUCCUUUGCCUUUUCAUUUAUCCCAGAGUUCGCGGAGUCAAAAUUUAACAAAAACUCUAAUGCCUUUUUUGUAAUGCGGAAGAACAAAUGGCAUUAUAAAAGUACCACCAAAGAUUUGUCACUUGAAUGUUCACUUCACAGGAUUUAACUUGUCCACAGAUGCAAAAGUUAAAACCAUGAUAAGAGACUCCCUCGUUUACUAUGAGAAUGAAGGAAUUUAUGGUCACACUAGGCUGAUUUAGCAACAGAAUGCAAGGAACAUCAGUUGAUGACGGCGCACACAAAUCAAACAACUGGCUUGACCAAUGGUAGAGUGGCACAUUGGGCACCGGAAAUCGCAUUCAUUCCUUUCCAAGCACUUGCUCAACUAACUUCCUGUUCUGUUGCUAAAUCAGCCUAUUAUCUCCAGGGGGUGGAAGGUACAGUACAUUUACUCUGUUAAUGAAGUCUGUGGAAAUGAUCAGCCCAAAAGGGAUACCUUUUUCAGGCUUAAGGUUUAUGUGGACAAAGGGCAGAGACUUCACUAGUUUGGGCGUAGCAAAAUAAAAUUAUACGGAAAACUGCCAUUUAGGUAUGAAACGGGUCUUCCAAUGUGUCUCAAAGAGAUGUACCUAAUGGCUGAUCCAUUAGCAAGUACUUUAAAAGGUUACUCAAAAGCACAGUGUGUGAAAUUUUUGAAAUGGUAAUAAAAGGGAAGCAGCGUUAACUCUAGAUACAUGUAUAAAGAGUGGGGAUCAUUUCUUUUUAUGGAAUAAUACAAAGGACAUGAAAGGGGUAUAUUUUUGGUCAGUGGUGGUAUAUGAUAUAGAAAGGGUGGCUCUUUCUUAUUCGACCUCUUUCAAUAUUACAUUUUCUUUCUGUCUUUUCAGUUAGAAAAGCUUGCUUCAUGUUUAGCCUUUCUACAUCGUAAUGGAAUGCCUGUAAUUGUUGUACAUGGUCUGGAUGGACGGGCCGUUGUGAAUGACUCCAGUGAUGUUAGGCUUAGACGAGCUAAACUGAUUGAAGACAACAUCGAAUUUGUUGACCUGUUGGAGAGACAUGGCAGCAGAGCAAGACCCUUCAUGAGCUCUGGCCAUGUUCUCUCUACUCUGGAGGAUGACAACCACAGGUGGGUUAUAAAAUUAUUCUCAGUGCUUGGUGUGUUACUCUUGCUGGAGAGACCAUGCUUUGCUAGAGAGGAUCUAUGGGGGAGUAACGCCUCUAUCAUUAACCCUUUAAGUCCCAAUAGUGACCAACAUCCCUUUUCUCCUAACGAUAUUCAUAGAUUGUCAAGAGAUAGGUUAUGAGAAUUAAUAAAAUGAUCACUUAAGAGAAAAUGCUUUGAUCUUAAAGGGUUAAGACUCAAGCAAAAGUGUCGCCAGUUUGCUGGUCAUUGCCAUCAGGUAGCUUGAAUUUCAGACGAUUACUUCAAGUCGUUUUCUUGUUUAACUGAGGGAGUAAAACUUCAUAAAGUAAUUGUCUGAAAUUCAGGCUAGCUUUCAGGCAGACAAAGAAAUAAUCUCAUCUCUCAUCCACUGGCGCCAAGUGGGCAGAGUGCAUUCACAUAAGCUAACAUACCCUGAAGUGAUUGCUAGGGAUUCAGGACUUGAUAUCGGGGACCUGAGUACAGCGAUGGCAAAUUGUGGUAUUUGAGAAGAAAUCUCCAUCAGUGUCCCAUCCGCUCCAGUGGUCGAGGGAUUAUGAUUACUCUUUACAUCUUGCAGAGAGGUUCAAUUCAUAAAAUGUUUCAGGCUGGGUAGUUUCAUGUGAAUUAAUGUGGAAUGGAUAUGAAUGAGAUCUGUUCUCUGUAGCAAUAAAAUUUAUUAAUUAUUAAUAAAAUCCAUUUGAAGAACUUGUAAUUUGAAUUGCAAAAUUCUAGGUUAGUGGAACACGUGGUUGGAAUACAGAAAAAAAAUUUAAACUUUUCAUAGCUUUAAAAGUCUAUAAAAGUGCCAACUGUUUGAGUACAUUCCCAAAUGUUUCAGGCUUAGCUGAUAAUGGUAGCUGCAACAAAAUCCCGUGCUUCAUUAACCAGUACAAAGAGGAGAUUACUUCUUCCUAAAAUAAUUAAUUCAGUUUUUUUUUUUCACUUUUUCUUGGGAUUUUGUAUUCAUUUUUCCAGUGCUGCUCUUCUUGGAAGGAUAGACAAAGUGGAUGUGAAACCUUUGCAGCAAUCCUUAAGGUAAUAAUUUAACAGGCAACUACAUGCAUGUGAUCUAUAUUAAUUAAUGCUGGGCAUACUUCAUGUAGAAAGGUCAUGUCUUUUGCACAUCCUUUCACUUACAUGUAAGGUUUAAUGAAACAUAGACUAAGAAGGGCCUCAAGUAAGAAUAUAACAAAAAAUCAUCAGUGUAAAAUUACAAUGGUUUUUCUCUGCAAUUAGGUCUGGACACAUUCCCGUGCUGACAGCAGUUGGGGAAUCCCCAUCAGGUCAAGUUCUUUGUGUGGACUCUAAUGAUGCUGCUAUUAGGAUAGCUCAUAUUCUUCAGCCAAUGAAAGUCAUGUUCCUCAAUACUACUGGUGGUUUGCUUGAUAGUCAGGGAAAUGUGAGUGAUUCCUUCCGACAAAAUAUUUUGUGCUUAUUUUCCUUGUAAGUCAUAUCAGGAGAACUAGUAACAGUAACAGUAAAUAAUUUUUAUGUUGCACAAAGUUGUUGUAACUUUUAAGUCUGUGGUGUGAAAUGUGAAAUGAGCAGUACUUUCCUUUGGUACUGCAAGGUGGUUCUUAGGUUUGAGUCUGUAGGUAAAAACCCACAGCGAUGUUAUAUAGUACUGGUUAUUCUCAACUGUAAUUUUAUUGCAAAUACACUGUAUAUUUUAUUUUAUUAUAUAGAUACGAGUGUUUUACUGGAAAAUAUACCACUCAUAAAAUUCAUAAAAACUACAUCCGAGACCCGAGUGGUUUAUUUUCCAUAAUCUCACACGUGAGUUUAUCGAUGACGUAAUUUCGGUAAUUUCCCUCUAUGAUAUUGUCGAUGUCUUUUUGUCUUUAUGAUAAAAAGAACACUACAUGGCGGCUUGAAGAUAUGAAUUUUAUUUUCUCGUGGCAAAAACAAUAUUUUAGUCACUUGCUGCCCUUGUUCGUAAAAUAUUGUUUUGCCACUCAAAAAUAAAAUUCAUAUCUUCGCACCACCAUGUAAUAUCCUCUAUUUAUUUUGAGUUGAUCAUGUAUAGUGACUGAAACACCUCAAAGAGAGUUGCUUUUAAAGCAUGUAUCUGUCCAUUAUGUUCUUUGUUAUUCAACACAACAAAAUUAGGUAUUUUUUCUGGUAAGAGAUGGGACUUACAUGUAAUAAACUCAGUUAUAUGUAAAUAAGUUUUAAAAAAUUAGGUCAUCUUGGUUACUGUUAAAAAGUGUCACAUUCCCAAUAUGGUAGAUGUAGGAGUUCGCCAAGGCAACGACAUUGAAUAACUAAGGUAGUACUUAGAGUUUGAUUCUUUUUCUACUGUAAAUGAGUUUUAAAAAAUUUGGUCAUCUCGGUUACUAUUAAAAAGUGUCACAUUCCCAAUAUGGUAGAUGUAAGAGUUCACCAAGGCAACAACAUUGAAUUACUAAAGUACUGGAGUUUGAUUCUUUUUCUGCUUUUUCUACAGGUCUUAGGUAAUGUAAAUGUUGUUGAUGAUGUUGCAUCUUUGAUACAACAGCCAUGGCACACAGAGACAAUAUUGAAACAGGUAUUUUAAAUGUAAAGUACAUUAAUACAAUUUGUAAAGGUCCCAACUGCUUCUCUCCGAAAAAAUCGUGUUUCUUAAGUAUAGCAAGGCGCUGACUCUAUCUUGAACUAGAAAAACAAAGUAUCGUAGAGGUCAAUGUUUUCGAGAUGCAGCUUUCAUGGUAAAGAAAACUUAGAGAUCUUUGUAGUUGCUGCUUUGGAAGCUGUGAAAGUGUGAGCUCAUGUUUUCUUCCGCUACACUGAACAAAGCCUCACCCAUGUGUCAUGUUUUGAUGAUCGAUUCUUAAACCUUUUAAGGAAUUUCUCUUCUGGGUUUUAUGUUGGCAUCAAUGGUGAAAUUUAAAUGACUCUUGAGGUUAUUUUUAAUGUUAUUUCCUACUGUUUCUACCACCAUUACCACCUAAACAAACCGAGUUAAAUCUAUAUGCUGGGCUGUCUAUUUCUGAUAUAUUAAUUUUAUUUAUCCGUUUUAGGUGAUUUUAAUUGCUAAACUGCUAAGUACCCUACCAGAGUAUUCAUCUGCUGUUAUCACCAGUGCAGACUCUUUAAUAACUGAACUGUUUACACACAAAGGUAAUGAUUAGACAUAAAUUGAAAGUGCAAAGAAUGUUUGAUCAAAUUUCCUUUCCUGUUCCAGUUUUUCAGCCAAUGUUUAAGUGUUGGAUACUUAAUGAAACACUCUAAUUUCUGGGGCACCCAACGUCAAUUUUCAGAAAAUAUCGGUUCAGAAGAUGAUUUGAGAUCUAGAAUUUUUGGAACAUUUGUUGUAAAAUUUCUUGCUUGCCUGCUUCUCCUAGGAUUUUCGAACAUCUAAAAAUGGUAUAAUUGCCCAUUUUUAAUGGAUUUUUACCCUAAAAAGGUCACCUAGAAUUUUCGGGAGCCUUUCUUCUGGCUGAAAUUUUCGAAAAGGUAAGUUUUGAUCCCUAUAAUUUUCGGAUCACUAGACUUUCAGCUAGGAAAUCCGAAUGGAUGAAAAACUUUUAGGGGAUAAAAAUAUGCCUAUAUCCACCGUUUAAAUACUAAAAUACCCUUAACAAUGCUAUGUUUAAGUGGUUUUGAACUAUAUUCUCGUUGGGUGCCCCUGUAAUUUGUGUUUGUUACUUUUCAACAAUCUUUUUUAGGUUCUGGCACAAUGUUUCUCAGACCAGAAGAGAUCCAUAAACACCAUUCCUUGGCAACUGUUGAUAUUGAGAAGCUAAAGGAGCUCCUUAUUAAGUAAGUGGUGUUGCCAACCACAAUAUUGGCAGCAAACAUGUUAGAUAUGAUGUGCCCGUAAAUGAGCCAUGAUCAUAGAAGUGGAGUAAAAUUAUGCAACCUUGGACUGGAAAUGUUGGUAGUUUCUUGGUGUUGUGUACAGGUGCAAUCACCAGGCCCCAGUUGUUCAAACAUUCGAUAGCACUCUCCACCAGAUAAAAAUCUGUCUAGUGGAUAAUGCAAUUGUUUUCCCAAAUACUUAUCCACUGGAGAGUGAUUUAUCCGGUGGAUAGCGCCAUCCAACGUUUGAACACCCGGGGCCAGAUGAUGUAAUACAAAAGAUUGAAAAUACACUGAACUAUACCCACACAUAAACACAAAAGAGAACCAAAAAUGGUUUCUGCAUCACCAGGAAACACCCAAAAUGUUGGACACUACUUUCUUUGUUUCCUUGAUUUAAUUUGACAAAAACUUAAACAAAGGAACUUUUGGUUCCAAAUUGUUUGACAGUUGUAGCCUGUGUGGCAGGCAUUAAAAGAGCAAGGGAAAGGGAGAAUUUGUGCACCUGAAUUUUUAAUGCGUGCCACACAGGCCUUAACAGUUUUUGUUCCACACACAUCAUUAUUUAUGUCGCUACAAAGUAAACUGAUUGUCGGUAUUACCUUUUUUCAGAUCGUUUAACAAACCUCUGAAUGCAGAAUACUUCUCUACAUUGCAACACCGCCUUCACACUUUGUAUGUCACUCAAAGGUUAGUGUUUGCACUUGUAACCAUCCAAUUGUCCUGGAAUGCAAAAUAAUGUUUUGUUUUCAAAAAGCUUUUUCCACUGGGUUUGCAAAGGUGUAAAGUUUUUGUCACAGGAAACAAAGUGGCCAGAAAAAUGGUUACAGCAGUCAAGGCAAGACUACUGAGACCACACUAUCUUACGUUUGGAUACAAAAUGCAUGAAACACUCUUUUCGCUGGAUGACUUGGUAGUGGGACACAUGGUUUAAUUACUGAAAAGUCACCUGGUAGAAAAUUACAGUAAAAACGUGCAUAAAAGACACUGCAAUUAUGACUCAGACUGAUAGAGACUAGAUUCUUUGACACAAGCAUUCUAAAGAGGUUCUGUAGUGAAGAGAAGUGAAGUGGUGAUGACACUUGACAGUUGUAAAAGAACUGAUGAACUUAUGGCCAUUGUGUACAACCAAGUGCCACUUGAGAAGAAGUCUUCUCUUACUAUGAUAUGCUGUUGCUUCUCCUUGUCUUAUUUUGUUGCUUAUAUUCUUUUCAAAACUUGUUUGUUGCUCUUUUAGUUACACAGCGGCAGCUGUGAUCACACAUGAAGAAGGUGUGGAUGGUGUCCCAUAUCUUGAUAAAUUCACAGUUGGUAGACAAAGUCAGGUAAGUUACAACAUUAGUCAGUUGUGUUUUAAUGUCAUAGCACAAGAUAGGGUUGCCUUAAGUAUCCAAACAUAGGCUUAUGUAUAAAAUGCCUUUAUUGCAGGGUCUUGGGACAAGUGAUAAUUUAUGGAAGAAAAUUAAAGCAGACUUCAGCAGUUUGUUCUGGAGGUCCAGAGGAACAAAUCGGAUUAACCCCUGGUAGGUUUGUUUAUUAAAAGCUGGUGAAAUGAACAGUGGGGAAGAAAAAGUUGUGUUUGUCCUUUGGAUUUACAAAUGUACUAGCUUCAUAUAAGCUCUCAGUUAAUGCAUGUUUGACAAAUAGUUUAGUCUAGUAUAUCUUGUAAUGUCUUUAAGGAUGGUUUUGAAACUCAGCGUUGUCUUCCUUAGGUAUUUUAUCCGCUGCGAUGGUAGCUGGACAAAUGGCAACUGGACUAUAUUUUGGUAACAUUUGCACUACUGUUUCAGUUCUUUUUGACACUUACAUGAAUGCAGUGUUUAAGUUUUGAUAGCUAUGAAUGUCUCUUUAAAAUUGAUGACUUCUUUAUUUCAAACAGGUUUGGAGUUAGAGACCAUGUUCUGACGCAUAGACUUGUUGAACAUGCUAAGAGUAUACCUCCUUCCUUUGAUCCUGUUGCCCCUCGUAAGUAUAGCUUCUCACUUGUUACAGAAACUUGGUUUGAAAGGAUGGUUCCACCACCUGACUUACUCUUGUCUUGUUCCAGAUGAUGAAGCGAAAAGCAAGCGUGUCCUCUCUUCGAAUGGCUAUCACAAGUUUCUUUGAAGAAUUAACAACAGUUAUUAUUCAGAAAGUAACUGUUCUUGAGGGUUGAUGGCCGAGGAAGAGAUCGAUCGAAGUUUGAGGCAACAAGUGACAUCAAAGUUGGCCAAUCUUGGCUACUUGUUACAUAUGACAAAAUUUAGAUAAUACAUUGGCCGAAUUGAUAUGAAAAACAUAUAUUACCCACGUGGGUGAGAUAGGUAGUGUAUCGUUUCACUGCUGCAAACAUAGGUUUGUAUAGAAUUCAAUUUUUUUAGGAAUGAAAUAUUUUUGUACAAGAUAUCCUUUGGUCAUUUCAGGGUGGUAGGUUUAUAAAAAUAAGGUGAUGUUCCUGCAUCAAAUAAAGUUUUCACCAGUUGCAUGGUGUACCUUUGGACAGUUUCUUGACUUUAGCAACGAUGCAUUUUGCACAGGUGUUCUAUAUUGUUUGAGGUAUAUUUUCACAGAUUAUGUUUUUGCUCACCCAAAACCAGAAGAUACGUUUUGUAACUGUUAACGGUGAACCAAAAAGUCCAAUCCCUGCCACGUAACGCUCAUUUGUUCCCCUAUUUAACAGCGUAAAAUGUGCCUACUUUGACCUUUUUUAUUGUAUAAAUAAUAGAUUCAUUUACUGUGAUAGAUAAUCUAAUAUAAAGUAUUUAUUAAUUUAAGAGGUUUACAUUAAUUUUGAGUGUCCUGUUAUGUACCCAGUACAAGCAGAUUGUGUGGAGGGUGUAAAAAGCUUAUUGUGCAUAAAAAAACCUUUCAGCGCCAUAAAAUGGGCUUUUUGGUCCGAAUAAUGAAAUAAAAACG